CUGCUAACGGAACACCGCAAAGCACUGGUCACAGUAGUCUAGAUCAACUACAGGGGGUGGAAAAAUCUACUAUUUUCAGUCAUUAAAGAUUAGGUCCUACUUAUCACAAUGCAUUGUCUGAAAACUCUGACAGCCAGCCCCGGAAUAUUGCACCUAUUUAAAAAUGCAAGAGUCGCGACAAGAGUUGGAGCUGACAGAAGUGUUUUGUCCGGGAUUCAGCAAGCUGUUUUUCUGCCCUGUCAGGUCACAGCAUCACCUCACGCCCGCAGAGCCCUUCAUCACCAGACUGGUCCUGAUGUGGAUCAAGGACAUGCCAAAAGUAGGUUGAUGUCCAGUAUGGAGGACCUACUUUUCUACACUAUCACUGACGGCAAAGAGAUGAUCCUCCUCUCACAGUUCAUAUCAGCUUUGAGAAAAACAGGUCUAUGGACUUCUGACCCUCGGCUGCGUGACUGUAUGUGUCAGAUUCGGCAAUUCACACUUGACUCACUGGGGCCUGUCAUGAUGGACAAAAUGCUCUUCAGAAGGUGUGUGGGUAACAACAUCAUGCUGCUGACUAAGGCCUUCCGAAAAAUGUUCAUCGUCCCAGACUUUCAAGUGUUCACUCAGAAGAUUAAUGAAAUAUACGACAGUGCACUACAGCAAGAUGGAGGACAAGUAGCUGAUUACAUUCCUCAACUUGCAAAAUUCAGCCCUCACCUUUGGGGCGCGUCUCUGUGCACCAUUGAUGGACAAAGACACUCAGUGGGUGACACCAAGGUUCCCUUCUGUCUGCAGUCGUGUAUCAAGCCGCUGGAGUACGCCAUCGCUGUUCACGAGCUCGGUGGCGAGCACGUCCACCGAUUUGUGGGCAAAGAACCCAGUGGAUUCAGGUUCAAUAAACUGUCACUGAGUGAGGAAGAUAAGCCCCACAACCCAAUGGUGAAUGCCGGAGCUAUCGUUAUCAGCUCUUUAAUAAAGCCUAAAUCAAAUAAAGCAGAGAGGUUCGACUAUGUAAUGGAGUUUUUGAAGCGUGCAGCCGGAGCAGAGUAUGUUGGCUUCAGCAAUGCAACGUUCCAGUCGGAGAGGGAGACAGGCGAUAGGAAUUAUGCACUUGGUUAUUACCUCAAGGAAAAAAAGUGCUUCCCUGAGAAUGCUGACAUGAUUGCUGCCCUUGACUUCUACUUCCAGCUGUGCUCCAUAGAGAUGACAUGUGAGUCGGGCAGCGUCAUGGCUGCCACACUGGCCAAUGGAGGCAUUUGUCCAAUCACCGGCGACCGCGUGCUGAGCACAGAGGCGGUUCGGAACACGCUGAGUCUCAUGCAUUCCUGCGGGAUGUAUGACUUCUCCGGACAGUUCGCCUUCCAUGUGGGUUUGCCCGCCAAAUCUGGGGUUUCAGGUGCCGUGCUCCUGGUGGUGCCCAAUGUCAUGGGCAUGAUGUGCUGGUCUCCUUCUUUGGAUCGCAUCGGGAACAGCGUGCGUGGCAUUCACUUCUGCCAGGAGCUGGUGUCUCAUUUUAACUUCCACCAUUACGACAACCUGCGACACUUCACUAAGAAGCAUGACCCCAGAAGAAGCUUAGAUGAUGAGCCAAACAAGUCAGUCGUAAACUUGAUGUUUGCGGCCUACAGCGGCGACAUUUCUGCUCUGAGGAGGUUUGCUCUUUCAACUUUGGACAUGGAGCAGAGAGACUACGACUCUCGUACAGCGCUCCACAUCGCUGCAUCAGAAGGUCAUGUAGACGCUGUGAUCUUCCUGACUGAGGAAUGUAAAGUGAAUCCUUUCAUCAAAGACAGAUGGGGAAACACGCCACUGGAUGACGCCAGGCAGUUUGGCCAUCACGUCAUCGCCACCAUCCUGCAACAGUACCAGCAUGUGUAUACUGAUGCUGAGUCAUCGGGCAACAAAGAGGAGCAAAAGACCACCAUGGACUCACUGAAGAGCAUCAACUGAGGGAUCAGAAGAGGUUCAGAUGGAAAGUAAAGCACUUGAGAGGCACAAAAGGAAACAGGGUGACUUCGACAAGUGAUUAACGUAGCAUUUUAGAUCUAGUUAAGAUAAUGUACGCACGAACACUCACUUGUCACAAUAUUAGGUACCCCUCCACAAUCUAUUGAGAUGCAAUAAAAACUUGGUGACGUAUUGGUUAGCAUGUGACUCCCUCAGUCAGGAGAUCCAGGUUCCAAUAUCUGUCGGAACAUCUCUUGUGGGAUGAUUUCAUGUUCUCCUGGUACUUUCUGCAUCCCAAAAACAUGCUUUUUUUUUCGUUUUGUGGGUGGGAAGGCUUAUAUGUGCCCUGCAAUUGGUUCGGCUCCAUCUCACCGGUAACACGAAGGACAGGCAGUAUAGUAAAUGGAUGCCUGGACUAAAAGAUCUUCUGUUACAAAGGUUGUUUUGUCUAUGUUUCAACAUUAUGUUUAAUAUUGUAGUUUUUAGUGUUGUAAAUGUAUACUUUACAAUAUUAAGAUCAGUGAUUCUCAUCUGGUGGGUCAGGACCUAGAAAUAGGUCACGGACAGCUAGUAAAAAAAAUUACAUGGGGUUCUUGAUUGUAUACUGACAUGAUGUUUCGAGUGUACAAAUGGCACACAAUGAAGUAGUUUGCACAGUGGCGUAAAAAGUAUGUACCUCCUCACACAGCACAAGAAGGUACGCUCAGUUAGCACCUUACAUACCAUUUUUCAUUAAUUUUUUUUUUUUUCAUCCAAAUAGUUACUGUAAUGACUUGACUACUGUGUUAGUGUAGAUUUGUGAUAGACUACAGUGUUCUGAUUUAUGUGUAAAUUUUGUGCGAAAGCAAAAAACUGAUUCCAGUGUAAUAUUUAAAGUACCCCAGUUUGGACUUGCCUUUUAUUUGGAAAAUAACACUAUUUUGACACAGCUGCACAAAAAUAAACAUUGUUUUGGGUUUAGGACUUUCAUUAAAAGGAGGUCAGUGGCAAGAUCUAAGUACAAUUCUGUUGCGGUGUAAUUGAGAUACUUUUCCUACACUAUUUUUUACAUUGUAAUCAUUUUCAUCCUCGGUUUCUUAAUAAAGUGCUCUGAGAGGCACUUUGGAAUUGUAAGCAUGUGUAGUUCUGUUUUUAAAUAUAUAAUAUACAUGUUUUCAAGGGCUA